AUGGUUGCCGGAAUGCUGAUGCCCAUGAGGGACCUUAGAGCCAUCUAUGAGAUCCUCUUUCGAGAUGGAGUUAUGGUGGCCAAGAAAGACAAGAGGCCUCAGAUCAAGCACCCUGAUGUACAAGAUGUGAGCAAUCUACAAGUGAUCCGUGCAAUGGGCUCUCUUAAGUCUAGGGGCUUUGUGAAGGAGACAUUCGCUUGGAGACAUUUCUACUGGUACCUGACCAAUGAAGGCAUUGUUUACCUGCGCGACUACCUCCACCUGCCUGCUGAGAUUGUCCCAGCAUCUCUGCAGCGGAUUAGAAAGCCAGCUGCCACUCUGGCCAUUGCCCACCGGGCUGCACGGGUCCAGUCUGUACAUGGCCCCACUUCGUAUGUUCCUAAACCGGGACAAAGGGGCGAAUCGGAGAGCCAGGAGGCAAUGGUGGAGCGUAGAAGUUACCGCCAUAAGAUGUCUGAGCCUGGGGAACGGGAGAAUUACUCAGAUAGGACCCCCAGGUUCCGGGGCCGUCAUUUGAAUGCGGAACAGGCUAGGCCAAAAGCAUCAUGGGAGCUGGAGGAGAAGCAUCAGCCUCUUAAUCGGAGAGGAACCAGCUCUAAUGCACCCCAGGUCAGGGCCGACGAUGUGCAGCCUCUCAAAGGGAAACGUAUAGUGACAGAAGUCAUUAUGCAACAGGAGGACAACGGUGUAAAUGCAGUUUCCCUGCUUGAGAAAGAUGAACCAGUGUUGCCAGCAGAGUCACCUAAAGUUUCAGUGGAGGAUCCUGUGAAAAAGCAAGAAGAACAACACUCAUCUGAGUCCGCUGAGAUUGCUGCUGACGCACAGGUUAUUAAAGAUGCCAAGCAGGCUGUAGAGGGAAGCUCAAAAUCAAAGAGAAAGAAAAGGAAAUCUCCUGUGGACAUGUCUAAAAGCACCGUUGCUGAGGACAAAACCCAGUCAGAGGUUGACAAAGUCAAAUCCCCAGCAGAGGUGGAAGAAAAAAACAUCCACUCUACAUUGACUAUGGCCUCAGAGACUCUAACUGAGGUCUCCUACAAGAAGACAACUGACAGAAAUAAGGAUGUGGCUGACUUGGAUGGUAACAGGGAACAGAUAAGGGAGGUCCCCCAAAAACCUAACGCAAAGUCAAAAAGCAAGGCUGAAGAAACAUCACUGCCAGAGGUGUCCCAAGUGGAUGGGCAAGUCAAAGGGAAAACAUCAAGAAGCAAUAUCAGUGAGGCCAGGCAGGGGGCAAUACCUCCCAAGGACAUGUCACAUACUGCGCUGUCCCACAUGGAGCCUGUGAAAUCUGAGGAAACGACUGGCCACAAAGUCGAAACGGUGACUGUGCAGAAAACGGUGAUGGUGCAGAAAACAGCAACGCUCACGCGCUCGAGUCCUAAACCUGAGGAGAAAACCCCCGAGCCACCGUCUGAAUCUAAGGCAGCCACGGUUGAGGCUGUAUCCCAAAUGACAGCGGAGAAGGCUGCAGAGGAGCCAUCAAAGGGUAAAAAGAAGGGAAAGGGAAAAAGGCAGGCGAAGCAGACUCCAGUGUCAGAAACCAUAAACUCAAAGCCUGUGCUUUUGCCUGACGCGGAAACGGUGCCGUCCGCAGGCAAAACAACACUGGCCGAGGCUGCGGAUACAUUAGAGGGCGGCCCUGUCCAAGUCUUUCAACUGACAGAGACUGAAGUUUUUCCAGAGAUGACUCCUGAAAGAAUGUGCAGUGAGGAAGUCAGGCAGGCAGCAGCUGUGCUCUCAGAGGCCCCAGUAGACAAAGGGGAGGUGGAGCCAGAACUGCUGGCUACAGAAAAAAUCAAGCGGGAGGUUCCGAAACCAGAAACAUCUUCCACUGUGAGGGAAGCACCCGCCGCCGAGACACAGGCCAGCCCUCUCUUCGAGCGAGAGGAGCCUCCCAGGGUUGCACAACAUUUGGCCAGUCAGGCAGCAGAGUGCAGCACAGAGGAAAGGCUCUCAGUUACUGAGGCCUUAGAGCAGAGGGAAGAGAAGAAGACCGACUCGGGAGAAGACACACCCUCUACUACAGCCACACCCGUAAGCCAGCCUGACCAGGCUCACCUGAAGGACACCUGCGAGUCCAAGGGAUCUGAUAUAGACGAGGCCGCCAUGAAGAGGAAGAUUGUAGUGGUGGAAGAGAUUGUCGAGGUAAAGCACCUCAUUAGUCCUGAAAGUGAUGGCGAGCAGCAGCCCCCUCCGGCUGUGCUGCCGGAGGCAGAGGAAGAGGAACUGGACCUGGACGUUCUGGAGGCAAUUGCAAUAGAGCGAGCUCUCUUGUCGGGGACGGAAGGUGUGGAGGUGCAAGGCGCCUCACCUGAGGCUGAAUGGGACCACUCACUGGAGGAACCAGAGGAGAAGACAUGGCCUAACUUCCUGGAAGAACUCCUUCCCCCCCAGCCCCCCCUCAGCCCCCCCCCACCCGUGCCCCUCGCUCCUACCCCCUACCCCAGGCUUGGCGUGUUGUCCCUCCUCCCCCUGGCCAUGGCAGAGCAGGCUGACGGAUCCAAGCAGCAGGCACAGCCUGUCAAAACUGAAGACAAGGGAGAAACAAGGCAGUUGGGAGCAAACAAGCUGGAGCCCUCCCUUGUCCUCAUCUUUUUCGCCUCCUCCAGCUGUCUUCUCCUUGACCGUCGUCCUCCUCUUCAUCUCCCGCACCACCUCUUAGAUGAAGAUCAUACCCGUGGGGCCCAACUGUCCCAACAGCCUGCACUCGCCUCCUCAUCCCCUCUUACCCUGUUACACCCUCUGUUCCAGCAAAUGGCUGCAGGCCCCCCAGGACCCGUUCUCUCUACCCUGCGCGUGACUCAGAACGUGAGAGGCUUGAGGAAUGCUGUGAAUGAGUAA